AUGCCUUCUAUCAAGCGUCAGGCUUCCGAUAGCUUCAGCCAACCGCAGUCUCUGGUAAAGAGACAAAAGUCCAGUUCAGAUCUCAACGACGAUCGCGCCCUAACAGUUGGUGCGAAGGGACAAGAUGGAACCCUUAUACCAGCAUCCUUGCGAACGAGUGCGCUGCCUGCACCUAUAAUGGAAAUGACAGGCAUGUGGUCCUUCACUUGGCAUUCCGGGGAAAUAUUUACCGUGCGUUUCGAUCCUACAGGUCAACAUAUCGCUUCAGGCUCUAUGGAUCGAUCUAUUAUGUUAUGGAAUACCUACGGAGAGUGUGACAACUAUGGUAUCAUGACGGGCCAUAAAGGGGCAGUUCUGGAUCUACAAUGGUCAAGAGACUCGAAAACGAUAUAUUCUGCUUCUGCAGACAUGACGGUUGCAAGUUGGGAUCUCGAGACUGGUCUUAGAAUACGCAAGCACGUUGGGCACGAAGAGAUCGUAAACUGCCUGGAUCUGAGCAGGAGGGGCCAAGAUCUACUCUUGAGCGGCAGCGACGAUGGCUGCAUUGGCAUAUGGGACCCGCGGCAGAAAGCGGCAGUCGACUAUAUCGAGACCGACUUUCCCAUCACUGCGGUCGCCAUGGCCGAACAGGGGCAUGAGAUAUACUCUGGCGGCAUUGACAACGACAUCAAGGUAUGGGAUGCUCGGAAGAUGGAGGUCACAUAUACGCUCAGCGGCCAUACCGACACCAUCACAUCUCUGGAGGUUUCGCCCGAUUCCCAAACUUUGCUAUCCAAUUCGCACGAUUCAACUGUGAGAACAUGGGACAUCCGACCUUUUGCACCAGUGGAUCGUGCCGUACGUACAUAUGAUGGUGCACCUGCUGGAUUCGAAAAGAACUUGAUAAGAGCAAGCUGGAACCCGAAAGGCGACAAAAUUUGCGCUGGAUCUGGUGACAGAACGGUCGUCGUAUGGGAUACCCUGUCAGCCAAACUGCUCUACAAAUUGCCGGGGCACAAGGGUACGGUGAAUGAUGUACGGUUCUCACCUACAGAGGACUCGAUCAUUGUAUCGUGCUCAACUGAUCGAAAUCUCAUACUGGGUGAACUCGGUAGAUGA